UUAAUCAUCAAUAUGUAGUAAACAUAAAACUUAACAAGUAGUUUCUUCUUAUGGCAUUUUGAUUGUAGUCCUUUGCCAAACUUCGUUCUGACAGAUAAUAAAAGAAAAAAAAAAUAGUCUACUGUUCAAGAUGGCUCUAAAAGCGCUUGUUGGACAAAAGAUUAUGAAUGAGGUGAUCCGCUAUCGCGGUCCCAAGGGAAAGGAGUCCCAGCGCAUCGAAUGGAGGAUCUUGAUAGUGGAUCAACUCUCCAUGAGAAUGGUAUCUGCAUGCUGCAAGAUGCAUGAUAUUUCUGCAGAAGGCAUUACUUUGGUAGAAGAUAUUCACAAGAAAAGAGAACCACUUUGUACCAUGGAUGGUAUUUAUCUCAUCACACCAUGUGAGAAGUCGGUCCAUGCCCUCAUCAAUGACUUCUCAGUGGGCAACCGCAUCAUGUACAAAGCUGCCCAUGUCUUCUUUACCGAAGUUUGUCCUGAGGAAUUAUUCAAUGAAAUCUGUAAGUCUUCGGCUGCAAGAAAAAUCAAAACUCUGAAGGAAAUUAACAUCGCAUUUUUGCCUUAUGAAAGCCAGGUGUUCUCCCUGGAUUCUCCGGAGACCUUCCAGUGCAUGUACAACCCAGCACUGGCGCAAACACGCAACGCCAACAUGGAGCGCAUCGCCGAACAAAUUGCGACGCUCUGCGCCACACUCGGAGAGUAUCCGUCUGUGCGCUAUCGCAGUGACUGGGAGCGUAAUGUGGAGCUUGCCCAGCUGAUUCAACAGAAGCUGGAUGCAUACAAGGCUGACGAGCCAACGAUGGGCGAGGGCCCGGAGAAGGCCCGGUCGCAGCUGCUGGUGCUGGACCGCGGGUUCGACUGCGUGUCGCCGCUGCUGCACGAGCUCACAUUGCAAGCCAUGGCCUAUGAUCUGCUGCCCAUUGAAAAUGACGUCUAUAAAUACGAGGCAUCUCAAGGGCAAAUGAAAGAGGUAUUGUUGGACGAGAAUGAUGAGCUCUGGGUAGAACUGCGGCACCAGCACAUAGCGGUCGUCUCCACAUCCGUCACCAAGAAUCUGAAAAAGUUUACUGAAUCCAAACGCAUGGGUGGUGGCGACAAACAAUCAAUGCGGGACCUGUCUCAAAUGAUCAAGAAAAUGCCUCAGUACCAGAAGGAGUUGUCGAAGUACGCGACGCAUCUGAAGCUUGCCGAAGAUUGCAUGAAGGCUUAUCAGGGAUAUGUCGACAAACUCUGCAAAGUGGAACAGGAUUUGGCAAUGGGAACCGAUGCUGAAGGUGAGAAGAUCAAGGAUCACAUGAGGAGCAUUGUGCCUGUACUGUUAGACCAGAACGUGACCAAUUUCAACAAAAUGCGCAUCAUCGCGCUGUACAUAAUGUCCAAGAACGGCAUCUCCGAGGAGAACCUCAACAAGCUGGUGACGCACGCGCAGCUCGAGCCUUCCGACAAGCAGGCGCUGCUCAACCUCGCCAACCUCGGCCUCAACGUCGUCGUCGAUGGCAACAGAAAGAAGCAAUAUCAAGUGCCGAGAAAGGAGAGAAUCACAGAACAAACUUACCAAAUGUCGCGAUGGACACCCGUUCUAAAGGACAUAAUCGAGGACGCGAUCGACGACCGACUGGACCAGCGCCACUUCCCGUUCCUGGCCGGCCGCGCGCAGACCUCCGGCUACCAGGCGCCCACUAGUGUGCGAUAUGGGCACUGGCACAAGGAUAAAGCUCAGCAAACCAUCAAGAAUGUUCCACGUCUUCUCGUGUUUAUUGUUGGCGGAGUAUGCUUCUCGGAGAUCCGCUGCGGCUACGAAGUGACGGCCGCCCUCAAAAACUGGGAGGUAAUCAUCGGGUCCUCACACAUCCUCACGCCCGACACCUUCCUCUCCGACCUCAGCUCCCUCACCGCCUAAACUUGUGCCACACAUUGCGCAUUUACGGUAUGGUUUAUUUUCAACAUAAAUGCUAUGAACAUCUGAAAACUUGACGGAAAAUGAUACAGUGUAACUAAGGAUCGGUCGAGAUAAGGAAUCUAUAAAAUGUCGUCACAUCUGUCGACAACUACCAUAAGCUGAAAUAUACGUUAAACAACACGCAUAUAUGUGCUUGUUCGAACGUUUACCGCCUAGUUUAAUUUUAUAGUAACUUUGCCUUGUCUAGUGCUGACUUAAUAGAUUUUCAAAAUUAGCAUUUUAUUGACAUAGUAGGGGAUGAUCACGUUGUAAGGAUCUGACAUGAUCAUGUUACAACUUCUUGAUGGGAUAGACACCAAGAAUAGGCUAGAGUAUUGGCGAUUUGAUGUUAUGGUAGUACAAUGUGAUAAAUAGGUGAGGUUUUAUGAUCUUAUACUUCUUUUUAUUCUAAAGUUACAUUAAAAUAUCUAUUCUCCGUGACUCAUAUUAUACCUAUAAAAACGUGUCUAUUUUUUGUGAUAUCCAAGAAUUAUAAACUGAAAUUUGUGUAUAAAUUUUGUUGCAAGUAUGUAGAAUAUAUUGUUAUAAUGUUUUGAAUUUGCAAAAGAUUGAUAUUUAGUUGUAAGAUUAUAAUAUUGUUUUCUUUUUAUUAUUAUUACGAGUUGAUGUUUAAACAUUUUUAUUAUGGUGAUACUAUAUGUAUCUAACAAUAGACUGAUCAUUCAUGUUGCAACAUGUUUUGAAGGAGGAACUGUAUUGUGAAUUUGAAGAACCGUAGUCGUUAUUUGUGAGUAAAACAUACUAUUGAAAAUUUCAGCUAUUAUUUUAGAGAUUAAAAGAGCAGGACGCAUCAACAUAAUUCUAAUUGCGCUCACUUUUUUUCAUUAGCCUAAUGCUUGUUUCAUUAUUUUAAUGCCAAAUGCUAGAUUUUAGAAAAACUGUAUGGAUAUUUCAUAAUACCAAUUGUUCGGAACGCGCUCUAUAACUUGCCCCAUAUUUACAGAUAACUUAAUGCACCGAUAGUUUAAUAAUAUCUAAAUGUUUCUAUGUAGCUAAUAUUCGCUAGUAUUAUUAAAAUAGGACUUUUCGAUCUAAAUAUUCAAAAUUUUUAAAUUGUAUGUACUGGUUUUAGUUAUACAUUCCAAUAUUGUACCGGUUGUUGUGUAUUUAGAUUCGAUGAUUAUAAUGUUACUCGGAACUCUUCUUAAUGUUAAAUUUCUAUUAGCAUUCGUAAUACUAGAAUAUGGUUCUGACAAACUGCAUUUUCUAACAAGGAAAUCGUUACAAACUGAAAAUUUUAAAAUUGUAAAAUUGUUAUAACUGCAAAUCUCAAUACCUUAUUAAAUAUGUAUUCCCGUAUAAUUAGGGCUACAUAUUGUAUAUCGUUUUAGCAUUGGUUGUAAAAGUAGCACCAGCGAGUAUUAAGGUUAAUUCAUAAUCUCAUAAAAUAUUCAACAUUGCCGCAGUCAUGAUACUGCUAACUUGUGCAAUUACAUUAGGUAAUAUUAUCUAACACAGUUAAUUUAUCAGUAUUGGAUUGUUAAGAGUUUCAUUAAAUUAUUUAAUCAUCAA